UUUUGUGGAUCUUCGUCUUAACAUACUCGUAACUCUCCUUUCGUCCUCUUUUAAAAAUAUUCAGCGAGCUUCUGAAGAAAGUGGUGGAUUCAUCUCGUUUGAUCAGUCCCUGAUUCACGUUGCCGUUCUUAUAGCUGCUGAUCGUUGGAACCUGUAAAGCAAAUCAAAAUGGUCGUGCUAGCUGCUUCCAUUGUGGGCAAGUCUGGAAAAGUGCUUGUUUCCAGACAGUAUGUGGAUAUGUCUCGAAUCAGAAUUGAAGGUCUCCUUGCGGCUUUUCCUAAGCUUGUUGGCAUGGGCAAGCAGCAUACCUACAUUGAGACAGAGAAUGUGCGAUAUGUAUACCAGCCUAUUGAAGUUCUCUUCCUGCUUCUUGUUACUACUAAGCAGAGCAACAUUCUUGAAGAUCUCGACACCCUCAGGAUGCUCUCCAAACUUGUGCCUGAGUAUUCAAUGUCUUUAGAUGAAGAAGGGAUUAACAGGGCUGCCUUCGAGCUUAUAUUUGCUUUUGAUGAAGUCAUAUCUCUCGGGCACAAGGAGAGUGUGACAGUCGCCCAGGUGAAGCAGUACUGUGAAAUGGAAAGUCACGAGGAGAAGUUGCAUAAACUGGUGAUGCAGAGCAAGAUCAAUGACACUAAAGACGUGAUGAAGCGUAAGGCUAAUGAGAUUGACAAAAGCAAGAUUGAUAAGACUAGAGGUGGUGAUAAGGGAGGAUUAUCGUCUAUGAGUUCGUUGGGAUCUGGAUUCAAUGACUCGAGCAUAUCUCAUGGUCGUGGCAGUAGUUUUGGAAGUGGUUCUAUGCUUGGCAUGAUUUCAGAUGUUGAACCUAUCAGUACCAAGGCCAAAGAUCGAUCACGCUCUUCUGUUACGGCUCCUCCUAAGAGUUCUGGCAUGAAACUUGGCAAGUCUGGAAAGAACCAGUUAAUGGAGUCCCUUAAAGCCGAAGGUGAAGACAUCAUUGAAGAUGUCAAGCCUUCUAGCCAAACCAGAACAGCUGUCGCACCUCCAACUGAUCCUUUCACGUUAACUGUGGAGGAGAAGCUCAACGUUGCACUGAGACGAGACGGUGGAAUCAGUAGCUUUGAUAUGCAGGGAACCCUGUCGCUUCAGAUCCUUAACCAAGAUGAUGGGUUUGUCCAAGUUCAGAUUGAAACCGGUGGAAACCCUGAAAUUCUUUUCAAGACCCAUCCUAACAUCAACAGAGAACUGUUUAAUAGCGAGAGUAUUCUAGGACUAAAGAGACCGGAUCAGCCAUUUCCCACUGGUCAAGGUGGAGAUGGUGUUGGUCUUCUGAGGUGGAGAAUGCAAAGGGCAGACGAGUCCAUGGUGCCACUAACAAUCAACUGCUGGCCUUCGGUUUCUGGAAACGAGACGUAUGUCAGCAUAGAGUAUGAAGCCUCGUCCAUGUUUGAUCUAACUAAUGUUAUCAUCUCCGUACCUCUUCCUGCUCUGAGAGAGGCACCAAUGGUUAAACAAUGUGAUGGGGACUGGAGGUACGACUCAAGGAAUUCAGUUUUGGAAUGGUCUAUACUUCUUAUCGACAACUCAAACCGCAGUGGGUCAAUGGAGUUUGUAGUGCCACCAGUUGAUUCAUCGGUGUUCUUCCCCAUCUCUGUUCAGUUUGCAGCAACCAAUACAUACAGUGGAUUGAAGGUGACGGGAAUGAUUCCUCUGAGAGGAGGUGGUGGUGGUGUGACUCCAAGGUUUGUGCAGAGGACGCAGCUGGUUGCACAGAACUACGAAGUCGUGUGAGAAGGGUCUUAAGACUUGGAGCCUCUUGUUUUUCUUUUUUUUCAAUUGCUUUUUAUACUAUCUUUUCUGGGGAUUAAAUCUUUCGUUUUCUGGGCUUUUGCUAAGUUUCUUAUACUUCUAAGACACAAAACUUAACGACUUUGAUAUACGCCAGCAUCUCGCUUUAACUU